CCACCAUGUCAUUCCAUAUCCCUCCCCGUCCUUUCAACGUCGGGAUACUCGCCAUGGACAUGUAUUUCCCCAAGCGAUGUAUCUCUGAAGGUGCUUUGGAAGAUUUCGAUGGCGUUUCUAAAGGCAAAUACACCAUCGGUCUGGGACAAAAGUUUAUGGCUUUCACCGAUGACAAAGAAGACGUCAACUCUAUCGCUCUCACAGUCGUCUCAUCCCUUCUCGAGAAAUACAACAUAGACCCUCUCUCCAUAGGCCGUCUAGACGUAGGUACCGAAACUCUCAUCGAUAAAUCCAAAGCCACCAAAACGGUCAUCAUGGAACUCUUCGCCAAACAUGGCAAUCACGAUAUCGAAGGGAUAGAUAACAAGAACGCUUGUUAUGGUAGUACCGCGGCUUUGUUCAACUGCGUCAAUUGGAUACAAUCGGAAAGUUGGGACGGUAGAAACGCCAUCGUCAUGUGUGGUGAUAUUGCCAUUUAUAAAGAAGGUGGAGCUAGACCUGUAGGUGGGAUGGGAGCUUGUGCCAUGUUGAUUGGACCUGAUGCUCCUUUGGUCUUGGAGCCCGUCCAUGGGACAUACAUCGCUCACACGUAUGAUUUUUACAAACCCGAUUUGUCUGCGGAAUAUCCAACUGUCGAUGGCCCUUGGACCAUAGCAGCUUAUCUCGGCGCUCUCGACGCCGCAUACAACACUUAUCUCGACAAAGCUGCCAAAUCCCGUGCUCGCGCUGCCAAACAAAUAUCUUUGUCAUCCGUCUCUGCCGCUCUUUCCGACGCUGCGGAACAUGCCGUUGACGCUAUCGCCAAACUGGCCAAUGGGGGUUCUCAAAUCAACGGGAAUGGAGUCAAUGGGCAUGGGUCAGAGGGACAAGAAGGCAUAAACAAGUUUGAUUAUGUGUGUUUGCAUAGUCCGUAUGGAAAGUUGGUCCAGAAAGGUCACGCUAGGAUGUUUUAUAAUGACUACCUUCGAAACCCCUCUUCCCCGCACUUCUCCUCGGUACUCCCUGCUAUAAAAUCUCUAGAAAAGACCAAGACGUACACCGACAAGACUGUGGAAAAGACGUUUUUGACUUUGGCCAACGAUCAUUACAAGUCGGCCGUGACACCGGGAUCGGAUUGCGUGGCGAGGUGUGGGAACAUGUACACGGCGAGUUUGUACGGUGCGUUGGCCAGUGUGUUGAGUAAUGGUGAUUUGGCUCUCGGCCAACGUAUCGCCAUGUACGCAUUCGGAUCGGGUUGCGCAGCUUCUUUCUUCGUCAUACGUGUCAAUGGUUCCGUGCAGGACAUCCGAGAGAAAUUGAGACUGAAAGAGAGGUUGGCUUCCAUGGAGGUCAGACCGUGUGAGGAAUAUGUGACGGCGUUGAAGCUACGGGAGUCCAAUCAUAACGCGGUGAAAUAUACACCUCAAGGAUCGUUGGACGAUAUAUGGCCUGGGAGUUAUUACCUCGAAGGGGUGGAUGAGUUGUUCCGUCGGACUUAUAAGAGGAAGGAGUAGGGUGGAGUUGUGUUACACGUCGCUUUGAGUUGAUGGACGUCGACUUGAAUUCCUGACAUUGUCAGUCACCUAUGCGAUGAUGCAUCGUGGACCAACUCAUCUGGGAUGAGGUGUGAAAAAGGCGAGUGGGCAGGGGGGGACGUACAAGUAUAGGGGGAUGGAUGUCUAGGUCAAGUGGGGGAAAGGGAAAUGCAUCUAGAUACUUUUGUGUG